AUGGGCGGGCCUUACUUUGAAGACAAUUCUCACAUAUUUUUUUCUCAAGGAACGACAGAUCGUGAGAAUGAGGGUAGUGAUGAAUAUAUUGACAAAGCUUAUAAGACUCCAAAAUUACUUUCAAAGUCUGAAAAGGGGAAGGAGGCUGUACAAAAUGGGCGAAUCGAAAAAAAAAAAAAUGGAAAGCCUAGAUUUUAUAGCAAAAAACCAAUGCAGGAUGAGAAAAGAAAAAUUAUAGCGAAACAAAGUCUCGCUGCAAUAUCAUUCCAGGCAAAUGAUAAGUUGUUUAUGGAUGGCUUAGAUAUAACCCAAAGGCCUAUAACAACUGCGCCAGUUAUAGUUCCAGAAAAAUUGAAACGUUUGGCUUCUACAAUUAUACAGAAUAACGGCCAAAGAUCAAAUUCGAUCUAUCUAAAUCAUGCAAUGGAAAUAGAUCAAGAUGCCUCGCGCAUCAAUUUUGAUAAAUCAGUCGAUAAAGGGAAGAACACUGCUAUAACGAAUGGCAAAAGUUCAUGGAAUGCAGAAUUUGCCUCAUCUCCAAAUGGCCAUAGUCAAUAUUCUAGCGAUGAAAUAAGUACACCCACUUCUUCACAAAAUUGGCAUUCAUAUGAUGAUCUUCCAAGUGUAUCAACACCGAUAAUUGACGGAUCUCGUCAAUCCGAUUAUAUGAUCGAGAAUCACCGCAAAGUACUAGAAUCUAGUUCAAAGUACCCACCAUUAACUGUUGAACAACAGGUUCAAAUCGCAAAGUAUCUGGAUUUACAUGGAGAAUAUACGCCUGCGUGUACGAUAAUUGAUAAGUUUAACUUACAAAUAUCAGCAGCUCAUAUUCGCACGUUGACCAAUGGUUCUUGGCUCAAUGAUGAGGUCAUGAAUUUUUAUGGUCAUCUUAUUAUUGAGCGAGCUCAAAACAAUCCUGACAUAUAUCCACCGGUUCAUGUAGUUAAUACAUUUUUCUACACGAAACUAAUGCAAAAUGGAUUCGGGGUUGUAGCAGGGUGGUACAUUCCACGACCAAAUAAAAAGAAAAAGGCACCGCCACCAAAUUUCUUUGAUAAAGAUUACAUAUUCAUACCCAUUAAUACAAGUGCACAUUGGACUUUAGCCGUGGCGAAUUUCAAACUAUGUAGAUUCGAGUACUAUGAUUCUCUUGGCUCAGGGUUUAACCAACGUUUUCUUCUUGAACUGAGACAGUUCUUUAUAUAUCUGGCAAACCAAACUAAUAAUCAGCAUUUCAAUUUUGCUGAAUGGGCUACCUAUGAACCGAGGGGAAGAACUCCACAACAGAACAAUUCAUAUGAUUGUGGAGUUUUUGCAAUGAUGACAGCGGAACACAUGAGCCGGAAUGCGCCUCUAUCAUUUUCACAAUCAAAAAUGGGAUAUUUUAGAGCGAAAAUGGUGUAUGAGAUUAGCACAGGAAGUAUAAUGGAUGAAAAUGAAAAUGUAGAAGUUGAAGACGAAGAUAGUUUUGAAGAGCACUUAGAAAAUAUGGGACAAGUUACGUUAACACCAAUUUCCGGAUUAAUCAUUAAAAAAAAUAUUAUAUCGAUAUAA